AUGGCUCUCUUCCAUUCCUACAUUCUUCCACUGUUAUCCACUCUCUCACCCUUCUCAUCCAAACCUCUAUAUAUAUCUCCACCUCAUUCUCUCACCACAACCACUCACUUCAACAAUACACCUCUUUUUGUCUCUACACCCCCUAGGAAAUUGCUCUGCAAACCACCUCAAGGAAAGCAUGUCAGAGAUGACUAUCUCGUGAAAAAGUUUUCAGCUGAGGAAAUUCAGGAGCUGAUGAAAGGAGAAAGAAAUGUUCCUAUUGUUAUUGAUUUCUACUCGACGUGGUGCGGGCCCUGUAUCUUAAUGGCGCAAGAACUUAAAAUGGUAUGA